AUGCCGCCCUUUUCUGCCAUCUCUGUGCCACCCACUGCUGCGCCUUCUACCACAGCCACUGCUGCCACCUCUGUGCCAACCAGCACUAUGCCACCCACUGCUGCCAACUCUGUGCCAACCAGCACUAUGCCACCAACUGCUGCCAACUCUGUGCCACCUACUGCUGCCACCUCAGUUCCAACCAGCACUAUGCCACCCACUACUGCCACCUCUGUGCCAACCAGAACUAUGCCACCCACUGCUGCCAGCUCAGUACCAACCAGCACUAUGCCACCCACUGCUGCCACCUCUGAAUUUCCACGACACCUAAUUCCUGAGGAGACGUUGUGCUACCACUGCCCAAACCGCAUGGUCCUCAGCGACCCGAUUUGCAUUACUCAAAAGGCUAAAAUUCUUACAACCUCAGGAAUUGUCCAAGAUAUUUCUACAUACUACAAAUACUGUCCUCAGUGUGGAGUACUGUACCGGUACCAAGAGUGGAGCGAAGGUCUACAUAAUUUCAAUGACCAUGUCCUUCUUGAUCUACCUCUCUGCCUCACUAUUAGAAACAUGUUGCAGGUCCACACUGCAGUCAGCAGAAUAGUUGAGUAUUUGGAGUUAACUACAGGUGUCCAGUUCCCCUCAGCCGAUACAGUUUUACAUGGUUAUCUUCAUUUUGAAGCUCUAACAGACCAUGAAUAUCAGUAUUCUUGCGUGACCUGUGGUGACCAUCCGCCUGUGGUCAUAAUGGAACUUCACAAGAAGGCAUCUUUUCAUCUGUCAGUGAGUGACCUUGCACAACCUCCAGAAGAUUUUAAUGGAGAUGUGGAUUCAGAACAGUUUUGGAAGGCACUGACAGAGGAAAGAAUUGCCCGUGGAUUUGUUUCAAGUCAAAAAAACAAUUCAUUCAGUGUUCCUCCAAGUUUUAACUUUUGGGCAUCCUGGAUAGGGAGAAAUACACGCCGCUCAGACUGUGUUCUUAACACAGAAUUUGAGAAGAUCCGUCCAGCAAAAGCAGCAGAGGUCUCUGAGAUAACUGUCUCAGAGGAUCGUCUGAGAGAUGAGCUCUGCAAACAGAAGGUGCAGGUGAUUAGAAAUGUAUGCAGGGAGUGUGGUUUGGAUGCCACUGGAUCUCGAAUUGACCUCCUUUUAAGACUUUCGCAAGAAAUGAAGUCACGAGAGGCAUAUGACAAAUUAUUACUAAUUGCUAAUGACAUUAUUGCUAAUGAGAACAGUGGCUGGGCAGUGAUUAUGUGUCCGUGUGGCAUUGUCUACAGUUUGAAAUGCAACAUCCGAGCAGAGAGCCCUCGUGAUUUUGCAGACAUGCUUCUUUCAUGGAAGCAUAUGCCGAACAUUGUCAUCUACGACUUUGCACGUGGACUGUCAACCCACACUAACUUAAGACAACCACAAACAAUACCCUUCACACCAUUUGAAGGGAGGUUAAUGGGCCCAACUGCAGAAAACAUAGCGAAAGCCAAAGCUGGAAAGGUAAAGGUGUCACUACCCUGGCUGACAUGCAAAAAGGAAAAUCCUGACCCUGAUGGCCACCCUAUUACUGGUUCAGCAGAACAUUAUGUUCUGUAUGACCGGUUCCAUGAGGACAACACAAAUGACGCUCGAGAUUCACUGCGGAAGCUUCGCCUGGUCCCGCAACUGGCUGGAAGAGUUAACAGCCAAGUCGUGGAACAGUUAUUUGCAAACAUGGCUUUGCCAUCGACUCAUGUGUUCCUCAUGCGAAGCAUAAUUCACCAUUACAAUAGUCGCAAAAAUGAAGAACGACUUAAGCACAUGAAAAAGGAGUUUCAGACAAACAUUCUAAUGAAUGUCCACAGCCAGGCUGUUUUGGAACAUAUAACAUCUGAGGAAUCCAUGGAUGUGUCAGUAGUAGCAGUGCCAGAUACCAUUUUAAAACCCUCAGCAACACCAGCAACCAUUGCCAUCCCUGCAGUGAGUGAGACUGCAUCACCAGAAGCCGCUGCUUUGGGACCAACAACCCUGUUGGAAUAUUUUUCACCAGUAAAGCCAUGGGAAAGGGACUGGCAUCCAGUGCAAGAAAAACUGCUUGAUUACGUGCUGGACGUCAAUCGGCCUGGAGCUGAAAUUAUUGUCAAGGAGGGGAAAUUGUGUCUAAUUAGAGAGGAGUUUUGGAGCUUGGGUUUGCUGAGGGAUAUGGAUUCCCACAUUGGAAACGCCUGCAUGCAGCUUAUUAUUGAAAUGGCUCGGAAUAUUGGCAAAGAUAUAUACAUUGAGAACUUUUAUGUUAUUCCUACUUGGAAAGGAACCCAAAACAUUGUUACAGCAUUACCAGAGGAUGCGGAUAUGAAAGACUUGCUAGUCUUCCCAGCAUGGACAAAAGCUAAUGGCCCUGACCACUACAUUGUCUGUACAAAUUGCCAACCAAAUUGAUCCGGGGAUCUGGACAGAAAUGACUGGAAAGGAUUUUUCGG